GCACCGAACCCCUCAAGUUCGAUUCGAGCACUGAAGAACAGAGAAGAAUAAAGAGAGGGAGAUUCGCCAAGUUUUUGGGUCUCUCUCGCCGUCUAGCCACGGCAGCUUCCUCCCCCGUCCCCGCCAAAACGACGAGGAAACCGAGACGCCGGCGAAAGCGCAUACCGGAGGAGCUCAGGGAGGACUAUCCAUCCCCCCCUGCAUGUAGCCGCGCCAACGACGACGAAAACAACGAGACUUACGACAGCAACUCCUGCAGGUGAUUAGCGAGUAUGGAGUACGGUGGUAGUAAUGAGGCCAUGGCGCCGCUGUGGAAGAUCAUCAUGGUCGCGUCGAUCGCGGCCGGGGUCCAGUUCGGCUGGGCGCUGCAGCUCUCCCUGCUGACCCCGUACGUUCAGCAGCUCGGCGUCCCGCACAUGUGGGCGUCCUUCAUCUGGCUCUGCGGCCCCAUCUCCGGCCUCCUGGUCCAGCCCAUCGUCGGCUACUUCAGCGACCGCACCCGGAACCGGUUGGGUCGCCGUCGCCCCUUCAUCAUCGUCGGCGCCGUCUUCGUCGCCAUCGCCGUCUUCCUCAUCGGCUUCGCCGCUGACCUCGGCCACAUGGCCGGCGACAGCCUCGACAAGGAGAUGAAGCCCCGCGCCGUCGCCAUCUUCGUGGUCGGCUUCUGGAUCCUCGACGUGGCCAACAACAUGCUCCAGGGCCCCUGCCGCGCCCUCCUGGCCGACCUCUCCGCCAACAACCACCAGCGCAUGCGCAUCGCCAACGCCUUCUUCUCCUUCUUCAUGGCCGUCGGGAACGUCCUUGGCUACGCCGUGGGCUCCAUCUCCAACCUCUACAAGGUGCUGCCCUUCACCGCCACGGUCGCCUGCGACGUCUACUGCGCCAACCUCAAGAGCUGCUUCCUCAUCGACAUCGUCUUCCUCGCGGUGGUGACGAUCAGCGUGAUCACGUCGGUCCAGGAGGUCCGGCACCCGUCCCAGAAGGAGCUGGCCAACGGCGAGCCCGAGCCCAUGACGCCGUUCAGCAAGGAGGUGACCUCGGCGUUCCGGAACCUGUCCAAGCCGAUGUGGCUGCUCUACCUCGUGACCGCCCUCAACUGGAUCGCGUGGUUCCCGUUCAUCCUCUACGACACCGACUGGAUGGGCCUCGAGGUGUACGGCGGGAAGGCGCAGGGAACGAACGCGGAGAAGCGGCUCUACGACCUCGGUGUUCACGCUGGCUCCUUGGGUUUGAUGCUCAACUCGGUGGUCCUCGGUUUCGCCUCCCUAGUGGUGGAGCCCUUGGGCAAGAUGGUGGGCGGCGUCAAGAGGUGGUGGGCCAUCGUCAACUUCAUCCUAGCCAUCGGCUUGGCCGGCACCAUCCCCAUCACGAAGAUGGCCAAGGCGUACCGUGCGGCCCACGGCCCGGUCCCGCCCCCCGCCAACGUCAAGGGCGGCGCUCUCAGCAUCUUCUCCAUCCUCGGUAUCCCACUCUCGGUCACAUACAGUAUCCCAUUUGCUUUGGCAUCAAUCUACUCAUCCAGUGCGGGCGCUGGCCAAGGGCUUUCUUUGGGUGUUCUCAAUAUGGCCAUCGUCAUCCCGCAGAUGAUUGUGUCCGUGGUAAGUGGGAGGCUCGACGAGGCAUUCGGAGGAGGGAACCUGCCAGCGUUCAUCAUGGGUGCCGUCGCGGCGCUCGUGAGCGCCCUCAUGGCUCUGUUCGUGCUCCCGAACCCGCCCUCACAAGCUUCCAUGCCUGCCCUCAUGGUGGGUGGUGGACAUUGAUCAAAAUCCGAAGCGUCUUGACGUAGCUUUCAAGCACAGAGUUUGUUGGUUCUAGCCACUGAAGUUGCUACUUGAGGUUGGCAAGGACAUCAAACUUUCUGACGAUAAAACGGAGGGAUCUCGUCAUCCUGUUCGGUCUUAACAUCCUCUUGAGAGACAACGUCAUACAAGUGACGCCUCAGGCAAUUGGUGUCACAAGGUACUAGAUAACAACAUGUACGUCUCUACAGCAGAAUAGUUCACAUUUCUACAGAGGAAACUGGUGUCCUCCCGAAGCCACCAGGGAACCUGUCGGCUCGCCGGAAGUAUCGCCGUUGGUAGCUUAGUCUCUGAUGGCGGUGGUAGUGACGGCAAUAGAUUUUAGUCUCUGAUGAGAGUUUGCAUGAGAAAGAGUCAUGCAAGCGAGUUACUCUCAUGUAAUCUCAGAUUCACAGGGACAAAAAUAUAUAAUCCAUGUGGGAAUUGAUUCAA